CCGAAGCCCGGCCCCUCCGUUCGGAAAACCAGAACAUCUGGUUCAUGUAAAGAUGGCCACGGCGGCGAUGGUGGGGACUGGUAGUAAUACCCACGGAAUGGAGGAGAAGAAGUUCGAGUACUUCUCCUCCAUCAACUCGAUGGCUCGGAAGAUCAUGCAGGAGAGAGAGAAGAUCAAGCAGAAGCACGGCGAGGACUGGGAGAAGAUGACGCCGAGCGAGCAGGAGCUGGCCAUCGAUAACGGCAUGAUAGACCCCCAGAUCCAAGCUCGCUAUGCGAUCCACCGGGUGGAACGGGAGGAGUUGGGGUGUUACCCUAAAUUACUCAUUCAGACGGGACAAAAGAUCGUGCACUUCGGGGAGGAGGACAUAACUUGGCAGGAUGAACACUCAUCACCUUUUUCUUGGGAAACUAAGAGUCAGAUGGAUUUCAGUCUUGCAUCUACCCCGGCCAUAGAGCAAGGUAGCACCUCGUCCCAGGGAGAAUCCAAGACUAACAAGGUCCCACAAGCCAACCAGGUGACCAAAGUGGCCCAGAUUAGCAAGAUGUCCAAUAGUGAGGCGCCAGGCCUGGGCAGAAAGGAGGAAGAAUCGUCCUUCUGGAAGAUCAACUCCGAGAGGUCCAGGCUGGAGGGCGAGCAGGCCGACUUCCACUCGCUGACACCUAGUCAGAUCAAGUCGAUGGAGAAAGGAGAGAAACUACUGCCCUCAUACUUACGCCAAGAGCCUCCCCCGCGGGAGCUGGAGGAGGUGCCGAGGGCAGCCAAGCCGCGGGCACCUAGACCUCCAGCUCCUCCACCCCCGGCACCCGUCACUUUGCCCCCGGCAGCAAUCAGCAUUACCCCAGCCCCCAUCAACGUAUCGUCCACGGUGGCGGGCUGGGAACGAGCCCAAAGCACCCUCCCAUCCUUUAGUAACCUUGACGACGUCUUCACACCUGGAAUAGCCACCAAGUCACCUUCUCCCAAGGAGCCUGAGAAGGCAGAUCCUCCCGUGACCACUAGUCCAGUGGCCAGUUUCUCUCAGUUUAAUACAAGCAGCACUAUUCUGAAGACAGGCUUUGACUUCCUGGACAACUGGUAACACCUGAGAAUGGGACCCCAAAACCUCACUGCUCUGCUCCCCAUCCUGAGCUUUGGCUGGACCACUCCGUCUUCCGCACCCCCCACCCCCACAAUUGAUAAAGCAUAUCUCAGCAUACAUUGUCAGCUCUGUAGGCAGUCUUGGACUGUUAGGGACAUUAAAGAACAGCUGAUAUCUGUUUUCCACUAACGACGACUCCUCUCUGUUGUUGCAUACAGUACAUUAUUAUGACCUCAUACUAGUGUCAAGCAUUUAUAAUGUGCAUUUAUAUAAACACUAAAAUUGAUACACUCAAGUAAAAUAGCAUGUUUUUAGAAACCGUUCAUAAUCUUUGAAAUAUGCAUGCCCUGCAAUUUUACACGGCUAGAGUAUAAAAAUAAAGCUUUUUAGAAUGGACUUUGAUGCCACCGUUUUCCCUGUGUGGUCUUGAGAUAGCAUUUUGCUGAUCGUUUUGCUAUGCAAAUAAACUAAAAAGUUGCGGA